CUUGAAAAGCUUGUUAAAGUUCAUUUUUGAGCCCCUUUUACUACUAACAGCAGUUUUUAUAUUUUUUGUUUUCCUUUUUAAAUUUACAUGGGCCUUAGAGUUUUUACGUUUAAGGCUCUUUUUAGUUGGAUCCAAAAUGUUGUUGCCGCUCUUACUGUGGGUGUGGAUUUUACUUGACGUACUGAGGUGUCUUACACUCCUCUGUUGAUUUCCACAAGCAGGAGACCCAAUUAGGGAACUAACUUCAUGUGAGGGACUGACUUCCCUGUCUACCCGGGUCUUAGGGUCCAGCUCUAAGCCUUCUAUAGUAAUAGGUGUAGGCUGAACAAGACCUCUUAAGUUAAGCGAUAUUAGCUCCAUUAGUGAAGACAGCUGACCCGUGCACUCAGUGAGAAGGUUCUUGAUCAGAGACAGAUUCUCCAUCCAACUUAAGAACAGACUCCUAGUCAGCUCAAGCUGAGACUUAAAAAGGUUAAUUACCGUAUGGAAGUCAGUUCCUUUGUGGCUAGAGGGCUGGUGAGAAAGAGAAGUGCAAGGCUGUGGUAAUGAGGGGGAGCGGCUGUCCCUCAAAGACCCCUCGAGGCAGGUCGAAGCAGCGCUCGCAGGACUCCCCUAUGACUGAUCAGAUCUACAUACCUGCUGCGGGUUUACAAUGGGGGAGCUUGCUUGCUCCAAUUCCAUAGCCAAGGUACGCUCACUGGCCCCCACAGAAUCCCAGAUCAUCGACUUCAUUAUGCACUGUGGGCCCAAGGACCAGUCUAGACAUUCUUCAGUGCUUUCAGGUGUGGAUUUAACCAAAGGUCCCGCGACAGACGAAUCCUUCGACCUGGGGCAUAAAAGUCAGUAAUUUUGCGUUGGUUUAGUGUUUUAUUUAUUUAUUUAUUUUCAUUUCUAGACCGCCCAUAGCUAAUAGCUCUCUGGGCGGUGUACAAAACGAGAUUAAAAUACAAUAUAGCAUAAAAUCAGUAACAGAAAGGAACACAUUAAACUAAAACAUUAAACAUAAAACAUUGAACAUUAAAAUGACUGACGUGAUGUCUUCCAUCACAGGGACUAGCCCCAGUUGUUUAUAUCCCACUCUGGUAAGAACCAUCGCACCAAGGUUGGAAGAUUUUACAGGAAACUGCUACCUUUUGACCCAGAGCUUAGUUCGCAUAAUAGUUAAAGUAAGAAGACUCAAUGCUGUCACUUUAAGACCUGAGGUCCCAUUCGGCAACCAGCCAGCGGAUAAACGACUUAAACAAUUUAAAAAUAAAUUAAAAAAUUGAGAGUUGUGCGUCACAACAGAUAACAACAAAAUAACCAACCUGGGUAACCAGGAAGUUAUAAAUGACAAAAAAUAAGUGAAUUACUCCAUAACGUAGCUGAUGAAAUUUGCUUACUCUGUGUAGCUCAGUGUAACUUGGACGGUGGGCAAACAAAAGCAGAUAAGCAAGAUAAGCAAGAGAACUAUUCACAGACCAGCUGUCAUGUAGUCGGCAAAAGGGAAAAAGGCGAGAGAAGUAUCACAUGAAGACUGUUGAAUUACCGAAGUUGUCCCUUACCGUACAAACGGGGGGAGCUCCCAAGGGUACGUCUUGUUAGGUCGCCAUCUUUUCCCAAGAUUCGACUUGAUUCCUUAUAGUAAUAAGCCUUAAGUUUCUUUAUUCUUUCAACUACCAGCCUUAACAGACUAGUUAUCUCAGAACUUUGCCGCAAUGUAUUACAAAUGCCAGUACUAAGCUGUAACACAGCAAGUACUGAUCUCAAUCAUCAACCUCAUUAUCAAAAGAGGUAUUGGUGGUCCAGGUUUCUGAUCCAUAUUCCAGACUGCAUUACUUGGUCAAGAAUUUAUGAGCACACAUCACUUCAUCAUUUCACAACAAUGAUUUCCCAUCUUGGAGCAUUUUAAAAAAUGUUUGUUGUCUCCUCCUCGACACACAACACAACAUGGAUAGUUGGAUGUCAUCCAUGACUGAAGGAAUAAAAAGCACACAACUGCCUUUGGCAGUCCGGAAAUGGUGUUAGACAGCCGCACCCUCAUCUGCACCCUGAUUACAUGCUUUAUAAGUAGACCUGUGGAUCUGUUUAACUUUUGUAGUGUUUUCUUCAGGACACCAGUCAUGAAUUUCUGGGAGACUGUGCUUUGUGCUUUCUUAGCAACCCUCCUAGCGACCAUACUUGAAGGGCUCUAUACAAUAGGAGCAUUUCGCAAGAGGAAACCCAAGGAACCUCCACUGGACAAAGGCUUCAUUCCAUGGCUGGGACAUGGGAUUCCUUUUAAGAAGAACCCUGUCGAAUUUUUGCAAGCAAUGCGGAAGAAGCAUGGGGAUAUUUUCACAUUUUUGGUUGGUGGCAACUACAUGCAUUUUGUGGCAGAUCCUGGCUCGUAUGAACAAAUACUUAAAGAAUCAGAAGACAAACUGGAUUUUAAGAAGUUUGCAUCAAUGAAAUUUUUAAAUUUAUUUGCUGUUCAGGGCACUGAAUCUCAUCAUCAUGUUGUGAGGAAAAUUAGCUAUGAAUAUCUUAGAGGGAAGAAUCUGACUGCCCUGAACCAGGUGAUGAUGGAGAAACUGAAGAUGGUGAUGCUCCACAGCCAGGGUUCAGGAGAGGAGAAGAGACACUGGCAGCAGGACGGAGUCCUCCACUUUAGCUUUAAAACCAUCUUCCAAGCUGCCUUUAUGGCUUUGUUUGGAACUGAGCCAGGCUCAGAUGCCAAGAGCAAAGAUAAUGCUACUGAGAAUACCCCAACACCAUAUGAAGAGCUUUUUGAGGAUUUUAAGAAAUUUGAUAGUUUAUUUCCCCAAAUGGUUCUCGGCAUCCUUGAUCCUGAGGUCAAGAAGGAGACAGAAAGGGUGAAGAAUUUAUUCUGGGACACACUCUCAGUAGAAAAGUUGUAUCAGAAGGAUAAUAUCAGUAAAUGGGUAGUUGAGCAAGAUCAGCAGAUGUCUGAUAUUGGGAUGACGGAAAAGAUGCGGAGUAAAUUCCUGUUUAUUCUUCUUUAUGUAUCUCAAGCAAACACUGGUCCAGCUACUUUCUGGAUUCUUGUGUAUCUCCUGAAAUAUCCAGAAGCAAUGGAGGCAGUGAGGGAAGAAGUAAACAGAGUACUAAGAGAGACCGGUCAGGAAGUGAAGCCAGGCAGCCCCUUCAUCGACGUGUCUCUGGAAACGAUAAAGACUCCUCUUCUGGACAGUGCAAUAGAGGAAACUCUGCGCUUGAAAUCCAGUCCUUUUUUGUUCCGAAGUGUGAAGCAGGAUACAGAUCUGACAAUGGCUGAUGGGACAGAAUACAUUCUUCGGAAAGGAGACCAUCUACUUCUUUUCCCUUUUAUUGGACUGCAAACGGAUCCAGAAAUCCACCCUGAUCCUCACACAUUCAAAUGCGACAGGUUCUUGAACCCAGAUGGCACAAAAAGUUCAGGGAGUGGAGCAACAGCAGUGGUACAAGCAGCCUAUUGUAGUCCGAAGAAAGAGAAGGUGGCAAUCAAGUGGAUCAACCUUGAGAAAUGCCAGACCAGCAUAGAUGAGCUCUUGAAGUACCACAUCAAGUUUGGUGACAUAGCAAAAAGGAAAUGA